GGGAGGCUCGGCUUGUUGUUUUUGCACCGGCGCGUCAGACGUCCUCAAGUGCGCCCACCAGUGUCGCCCUAAAUCAGCCCGAAAUGAUGGAAUCUGUCAUUUACACUCCUUCUAGAAAGUUACCACUCCAGUCCGCAUUUUGAACAGGCACCUUGCAGGGAUGUCAUCAGGACUGCCAGCAAAAAAUAAAAUCAAUACAUACACAUUAUGUAUGCAUAAAUAUACACAACACACAAAUUUAAUGCAAUACGUGUGUACAGUAAUACUGCUACUACUAUACUAAUUAAUAUAAAAUGAUGGAAACGCCGUUUAGUAUGCAGAUUAGGUUAAAUAUUAAUUCGUAAUGCUGCCCUUCGAUUGGCUGGUUCAGGAAAUGGAUGGAUUAAUGGCGGUUAUUUUGCAUUUAAAAUUAAAAAUAAUAUGUCUGCAAAUGUGAACGCGUGAUUUUGAAAUCCGGCCUCUAAAUAAAUAGUUUUGGAUUUGAAUGACUUUUUUUUUGGUCGCAUUUUUACUCAGGCGCCCGUGCGUGACGUCAAGGUACCUCAAGACCCAACCCAGCCCAAAUCGGAAGUCGAGCGAUUUUACUGUGCAAUAUUUUCAUUUCUUACAAUAAUGCGAAAAGAGAGCAAGGACGCCAAUUAAAGCGACUAUAUAAUACUUGAGGAAUUUAAAAUGCCCUUAUUUGAUGGUCUGGGUAGUGGAGCAGAGAAGACCGCCAUCGUCAUCGAUCUGGGAGCGGCGUACACAAAAUGCGGCUUUGCAGGGGAAACGGGGCCCAGGUUCAUCAUUCCGAGCGAGAUCCGCAAGCCGGGACAGCAGCAGGCCACCAAAGUGGUUCAGUACAACAUCAACACAGAAGAGCUCUAUGUAAUCCUAAAAGAGUUUAUCCACACUCUGUACUUCAGACAUCUGCUGGUGAACCCUCGCGACAGAAGGGUGGUCAUUAUCGAGUCCAUCCUCUGCCCAUCUCACUUCAGGGAGACGCUCACCAAGGUUUUCUUCAAGCAGUUUGAGGUGCCUUCUGUGCUCUUUGCGCCGAGCCACCUGAUGGCCGUCAUGACGUUAGGCAUCAACUCGGCCCUGGUGAUGGACUGCGGCCACGCUGAGACGCUGGUGCUGCCCGUGUAUGAAUGCACUCUGAUCCUGCCUGCUUGGGAGGCUUUGCCUUUGGGUGGAAAAGCUAUCCACAAAGAAUUAGACGGACUCCUUGUGGAACAGUGCACCGUGGACACGGACACCACCACCGGACAAAGCGUACCCGCCGUCAUCGGCACCAUUCCAGAGGAGAUCGUGGAGGACAUUAAAGUGAGAACGUGCUUCAUCAGCGACCUGCAGAGAGGGCUCAAGCUCCAGGCGGCCAAGUUCAACAUGGACGGUUCCGCUGAGCGCCCGGCGCCGCCUCCGGACGUCGACUAUCCUCUGGAUGGGGAGAAAAUCCUGCAUAUCAAAGGAUCCAUCAGGGACUCUGUGAUGGAGAUUCUGUUCGAGCAGGACAACGAGGAGAAAAGUGUGGCCUCGCUCAUACUCGACGCCCUAGUUAAGUGCCCCAUCGACACGCGCAAAGUGCUGUCGGAGAACCUGGUGGUGAUCGGCGGCACGGCCAUGUUGCCGGGCUUCCUCCACCGGCUGCUGGCCGAGAUCCGCCUACUGGUGGAGAAGCCAAAGUACCGCGACGUGCUGGCCAGCAAGAGCUUCCGCGUGCACUCGCCGCCCGUCAAGCCCAACUGCACCGCCUGGCUCGGAGGCGCCAUCUUCGGCGCGCUGCAGGACAUCCUGGGCAGCAGGUCGGUGUCCCGCGACUACUACAACCAGACGGGGCGCAUACCGGACUGGUGUUGCCUGAGUACGCCGCCGCCCGAGUCGCUGUACGAACCCGGCAAGACGCCGCCCCCCCUCAUGAAGAGAGCCUUCUCCACCGAGAAGUAGAACACGUACGCCGCCAAAACAAUUGUACUCCAUCUUAGAAUGACAACCCCGCUAGCUUGUAACAUUUCCACGUACGGUUCAUAUUUCAGGACCCACCCAAAUUCCAGUGUUAAAACACUAAAAAGGUUUUAUUUAGCUUUUUUUUAUAUUUUUAAGAGGGGUGGGAAAAAAAGUUACAUUUAUUUAUUAUUUUUGGCACAGGUGGUGUCUGUCCAAGUCCACAAUUAAAGGCUUCCUGCACAUA